AUUCCAUCAGCUGAUGUGGGCAGCAAUUUGGGCAACAAUUAAAAUGCGAAAUUGCGAAGUGGGAGAGCGCCUAGCAGAGCGCUGCUGUCAGCAUUGUACAGGAAGUCGUUAAAAGAGGGUCCAGCCAGCCACUGUUGUCAAAAUGUUGCGGCAAUCUGCAUCUCUGAUAUGGGAGGCCGCUCUGUUGAGCAGUCGGCGCUGCUCGCAGUUGGAGCGAGCGGUUGGAGUAGCCACCUGCGAUCUGGCUGCGGCGUGCUGGGACAGCCCGGAGAGCCCUGGCGCAACGACUGGGGCGACGGUCAGUACCAGCUACAGAGUGCAUCAGGGGAAUGCUGCUGCUUGGGACACAACUUUUGAUCUGGGUGGGCGAAGGUGGAAACAGACAUGGCAGAAGGAGAUUGCACAAAGAUCUGCCAUGUAUGGCAAGGCACGAGGUGGAGAAGGCGACAAGCAGGAGGGGGCCAGCCGAGGCAGCAUAUUAAAUCAUCCUCAAAGUGCGGCUCCUGAGUCCUUGGCUCUUCCGCCUUCCUCCUCAUUGUUCAAGAAGGAGAGCGCCCCCGCCGGCUGGCGCCAGCUUGCGUUGCGAGUGAUGGGGUACUAUACCCCGGAGAGUCGUGUGGCGCGCGGGAGCACCGCUCUCUUUGAGCACAUCACAGUGCAGGUGCUCAACGAGCGCCUCUACCAAGCGGUGCACCUGCCAGUGACCUUCCGCACGACCUACUCGUUGCUCGUGUUGCACGUGUGGCUCUGCCUGGUGCGCCUGCGCAAGGACGGCCCCGAGCGCGGUGCCCCCGUGGGCCAGAUGCUCUACGACCUCUUCCAGCACGAUGUGGAGAAGCGCGUUGUCAAGGAGGGGGUCACAAUGAACACGUCUGCGUACUUGCGCGACCUGGAAAAGUACUUUUAUGGAGCGGCCAGUGCGUACGAUGACGCGACUGCCCCGACAGCUGCUGCAGGCGACCUUCCGCAAGCGCUCUGGAGGAACGUGUUAGCGGAGGAAGGCGAGCCGCGGGAGCUGCCCGCAGGGCCGCGGACGCGCGACGCCGAGAUUCUUGCGGCGUAUGUCCGGCGAGAGCUGGCGUCCUUGGAGAUGACCGAUUCGGACUCAUUCCUGAACGGCAACAUCAAGUUCCACGACGACUUUGGCAAUCAUUGAUGAGAAGGAAGCGCCUCCCUCGUCAGCAAAGCGGCGUGUAUGAUUGACAUGUACUAGUGCCAUUGCGAGAUCAGUGUAUCCGGGGGCGCACAUGCACCACUUGUCGUCAAGAUGCAAGCCUACGUCGACACUGAAUUGACCUUCAGUGUAGCCUGCACUUAAGUAAAUCAAGCCGGGCCAACCCGCAGCCUCUACAUAGUACAGUGAAUGAAUUCUGAAUAUUUUUCGUUGGAUACCAUUGCAUGCUUCAUGUAUUGGACUGUUAAAUUGCCCA